UCAGACCACGUGGCCACCUGUGUAUUUUAUUCAACACCGAGAAAGCGGGUUUGGUGCGGAGCUAAGUCCAGAAGACCUCUUGGCUUAAGCGAGUUUACUAGAAGGAUCUCGAUUGUGAAAUCUUCUUGUCCCGUCGAAGUGUAAGUUUAGUGUGAAGGUCGCUCACACUCUCUCGGAAUCCUUCUGAUUUAGCAGGAUCGCAGUGCUGAGGAUUGGCAGGUGGAUUGGCGGAGGAGCCAGUCUGUCCGAACUCGGCUCGCUGAGACUGAACAACUGCCAGACAAUUAUGGGGGUUGCAAGGUGCCUGACAGCAAACUCCCUGACGAUUCUCCUUGUGGCCACUUUCAUGUCGAACUCUUGGAGCGCCCCUCAGGGCCACUUCCAGAGAAGAAACUGGACUCCUCAGGCGAUGCUUUAUUUGAAGGGUGCUCAGGGACGUCGCUUCAUAUCUGAAGACAGAAAAGAGGGAGAUAUGUAUGACCGAAUACAGCUUGAAACAAGAAGUCAAAACCCAAAUCCUGUGGGCCUUUCAGAAGCGGCGGCAGUGUUGAUCAGCUACAUCAGGCAGGCACAAGAGGAAGAUGAUGACAACGUGGCAAUGGACUUCCAGGGCCUACCGGUGUGGAAGCGACAGUUCUUCUGAUAGACUGAGAAAAUUAUGUCAGCUAGUUCUCUAUACCAUUUGACGUGACCAAUUUCAAUGUCAUUCAGUGCCACAAUGUUAAUUCUUUACUAUGGCUAUAAGCCCAGUGCCAUAUUUCAAAUGUAUAUAGUAAAUUAAAGGAGACUUUGCAUCCCAAACAGCCAUGUUUUUAUCACUCAAUGCCAAAUAGCAGUCAGGGAAUAUUACUGCUUUUUCCAAAAUGUGUUUUAUGGAUGGACUAUGGUGUUUCAGGUGAGAAGGUCAGACCUGCUUCAAACUAUAGCUUACUGGCAGAUGUUAUUU